GAACACAAAGAUGGCGGACUCGGGAAAACGUAAAAGAGAGGUAGUUGAUGGUAACAGUGAGACAGAGGGACAAGAGGAAACGCGUAAAAACGCUGUCUGCAAUGAGGCAGGAGACAACGAUGAUGUGGCCUCUGAAUUUCUGCUCUCGGGUUUCGAAACAAAAGCGAUUCUGCGUGACUCGGCGCGGGAGAAGAACAUUUUCGUUCACGGCAAGAUAGAUGACCAGGAGGCAGUGGUCAUUCUGGAGAAGACUCCAAUCAGAGAGGACAGUCUUUCUGAACUUUUCAAAAACUCCCGCCUGAAGCUGGAAAUGAGAAAUGACAUCUACAGUACUUACCACCUGCAUCCUCCCCCUCACCUCAAUGAGAUCAAAACCACAGUGGUGUGUCCUGCCACAGAGAAGCAUGUUAAGAAGUACUUGCUCCAGGAGACAUUCCUGCUUGAAGAAACGGGGGAGGACUACCGCUCCAUCACCCUACCCUUCAUCCAGAGUCAAAGCUUCAGCUUGCAGUGGGUGUACAACAUACUGGAAAAGAAGGCCGAAGCUGAUCGUAUCAUUUACGAAGAUCCAGACCCGGAAGUUGGCUUUGUCCUGCUCCCAGAUUUCAAGUGGGACCAGAAGCAGCACGACGACCUGUAUCUGAUUGCCAUCGUUCACCGAAAGGACAUCAAAAGUCUGAGGGAUCUCACAUCAGAACACAUUCCAUUGUUGUGCAACAUCAGGAGGCGGGGAGAGGAUGCCAUUCAGAAGCGUUAUGGUUUCCCAGCCACCAAGCUGCGGGUGUACCUGCACUACCAGCCGUCCUACUACCACCUCCACGUCCACUUCACAUCACUGAGCUAUGAUGCCCCUGGUUGUGGAGUGGAGAGGGCACACCUGCUUUCCAAUGUCAUCCAAAACCUGCAGAAUGAGCCCCAGUACUACCAUUCCCGCACCCUGUCCUUCCCCUUAAGGGCAGACGAUGGUCUCCUCAGCAGAUUCAAGGAUGCAGGCAGGCUGUAGAGCCAACAGUUCUCGCUGCCAAGAAUAACAAGAAUGUGAUUCUGUGGUAUCUAAUAAACAGUUGUAUUGUUCAGCUUUCAUUUCUCCCAGACGUAACUUCUGUA